AUGGCACCUUCCCGCCCAGAUGUUAGCAAAACAAUCCGCAACAACACUAAUCCAAAAUGGUGGAAAGAUCCGGGGAUGAUAAAGUUGAAUUUGAUGAUUGUUUGCGUUAUCACAGCUCAAAUGACUUGCGGAUAUAUUGAGGGAGUCGUAGGCAACUUUCAGGCUAUGGAACCCUGGUUGAAGGGUAUGUUGACUUUGCACCUUUCUCAGCCAUGCUAAAUGAGUCUGAUGAAAUUAUUUUUCAGAUAUGUCGAACCCGGAUGCUUCUCGCAUAGGUCUCAUCACCACGAUCAUCUUCGUUGGUGGACUCAUCCGCUCCUUUCCCGCAUCUCCUGUUUCCGAUAUCUAUGGAAGAAAAGCGGGAUUGUAUAUCGGAUCAAUGUUCACUCUCGUUGGUGCAAUCAUCCAGACGUCGGCCUUUGGCUAUGCCCAAUUUAUGGUCGGCCGUGGGCUUAUUGGAAUCGGAAUAAGCUUCACUUGCGUCGCUGGGCCUUCCAUGGUUGCCGAGUUAGCGCACCCAAGGCAGAGAGGAACCGUUCUCGGAUUUUUCAACAUAUUUUGGUAUGUGGGAGCAAUUGUCGCAGCCUGGGGAUCCUUUGGCUCUGGCCACAUGAAUAACUCUUGGUGUUGGAGAAUCCCAUCGCUCAUCCAAUGUGUUGCACCGUUCUUCUUGAUCGGAAUGCUCCCACUCAUGCCAGAAUCUCCACGUUUUUUGCUUUCGAAGGGGAGGGCAGAAGAGGCAAGGAAGGUCUUAGCAGAGUUCCAUGCUAAUGGCCAACUUGACGAUGAAUUAGUAUUGUUUGAGGUGGACGAGAUCAAUGUUUCACUCGCAAUAGAGAGUCGAUAUUCCGAGGCUGGGUGGAAUAUCCUCUGGAAUAGUAGCGCAAAUCGUAAGAAGAUAUGCCUUGUAACUUCGUCAUUCAUUCUCUGUCUGUGGUACGUGUUUAGCUCAACCAUAAUCCACAUCUGAAAGAUCACUGACCACGAAUAGGUGUGGACAAGGUGUGAUCAGUUAUUACUUCAGCCCUUUACUCACCUCCUUGAACGUCACUGGUACAAACAAACAAACCGGAAUUAAUGGCGGGAUGCAGAUAGUACGGAACUUUUCUCUCUGAUACCUCUUUCGAGCCACUGUCUUUGGCGACCGAGAGACUCUCGUCGUUAAUACCACAGGCUCCCGAUUCAACGAGAAAUACCGUGCUAAUCUUCUUGUAGUGGAACUUUCUGGUUUCCAUCGCUGGGGCUUGCCUAGCAGACAGGAUCGGACGAAGACCACUUUGGCUCAUAUCCCUCUUUGUUAUGCUGGCUUCCAACAUCGGAAUAACAGUUACAAGCGCAGUGUUUGCCCAGAAUGAGGCAAAAGCUGCCGCAUACAUGGCCGUGCUAUUCCUUUUCACUUAUAAUGGCAGCUUCAACAUCGCCUGUAACCCUCUGGCGUACGCUUAUCCGACUGAGGUUUUGCCAUACAGCAUGCGCACGAAAGGACUUGCCAUCGUGGUUGCUGGUGGACAAGCUAUGUUGAUUGUCUCGCAAUAUGCAAACCCAGUGGCAAUUGAGAAUAUCGGUUGGAAAUACCGGUUAUUUUUCAUGGGAAUGCUGCUCCUCUUCAUUCCUAUGGUGUAUUUCACCUUUCCUGAGACGAAAGGACUUGCACUCGAAGAAUUGGGCAGAUUGUUUGAAACUGACGAGGCUUUAGAAAUUGAGAAGAUAGAAGGCAUUGAACCAGAAGAGGCAGAGGUUGUUCCUAUUGAGAUAGACAGCAAAGCAAAAAUGUAG